AUGCCCAUACCCCCACUACCAUUACCAUCCCCUCCAAGCCCGACCCAGACGCUCACGACAUUCGCGAACUCGAGCACGUCCACCAUAACGUCGCUUUUCUCGAUCUCAGGCAUUGACGUCUACAGUUACGCGAGCACAUCAAUGACGUCGCUUUCGCUGGACGACGCACUAGACGAGGAGGACGAGCCGUUCACACCGGGUCUCUCGGUCUGCUCGCUCUCGCCACUAUCAAACGCGGACCCGCUGUCUCCCGUGGACUCCUACUUUGGGACUACGAGCACGCCGUCACUUCGCGUAUUCCCCCCGGAAGAAGACGACGUGAGCGAGAAGCUUGCGGCAACGCGAGUUUAUUGCGCCUCGGAGACAUCGAGACGGUCGCGGACAUCAACGCUCCCGACGCUGCACGAGGACGAAGAACGGCACCGCUCGUUCACGCCUAGCCCGCGGGCUCUCACGAUCAUUCUCGGAAUCUGUAUUGCUGUUCCCCGUACACCAGAAGUCAGAAGCCAGAGAGACGAGACGGAUACCACAUCUGCCCUGGCGUGUGGUCCAGCCUAUCUGCCACGUUCCUCCCGUGCUCCGGACGUCCCUUCGAAUGCCAGCCUGUGGUCAACGCACAGGUCGCCCGUCGUCCGCGUCUUCGGGUCAGACCACUCGCAUGACUCUGCGCGCGCUAUCCGCUAUCGCGCCGUCUGGUUGGUCCUCCGCCCGGCCAUUCGCAGGCGUCAGCGGAAUGGACGCACGGACAACGCGAGGACACGUCCGGGAGCGGACGCCUCCGACGUCGUCUCACACUGGCCUUCUGCUUCUGGCGGGACAGUGGGGCUUCGCCUUCCCUGUGCGCGCUCGGAGACACUAGUGCCGCGGACUUUGCCCGAGGAUCUGCCUUGCCAUGCACAGCAGCAGCGGACGCACAUCCGCUGUGGUCCUGGAGUUGUGCCUGCUUUGUUGGCGACUAUCAGCCCCUCUUUCGACUCUUCUCUGUGCGCGUGGCUUGUGGGCGGUGUGGUCGGGCUUCUAUCACGGGUGAUGGCGAGCGGUCGGUGGUUUGGGCGGGUGGGUAUCUCGCGGUGUCGGUGA